ACGGAAACAAUGUAAAUCGACCAUAAACAAAUUCCAAUAUAUGCGUGAAGUGAAUACAAGCCGCUAAUCGUGUUUUGACAAUUGUUUAACAAUUUGUAAGUGUAUAAUCAGUUCGAUUAAUCAAUCAUCGUACUUUUAGAGACAAUAUGAAGCCAACGUAACAUUAAAGGUAUCGAUAGAGACUUGCGUAAUGUAUGUACAGAGCCAACAAUGAUCAGCGUAAGUACAUAACCUCCAAGCAAGUCGGAGUCCGUACGGGAGAUAUUUUGACCGAGGGAAUUCUAAGUCAUCAGAAUGGCGGAUGUACGCGAUAUUCUGGAUAUUGAAGUGCCGACUAGCACGGAACUCACAAAGGAGUCAAUAUUCGGCAACGACAAGAAGAAUCGCAAACGGUAUGAUUACAACAAAGUGCCAAAACGCCCGGAAGGUAUGCACCGGGAGGUGUUCGCGCUCCUUUGCAAGGACAACAACGACGUGCCGCCGUUGUUUCCCACCGACACCGCGAAGGGAUAUAAGCAGGUUCGUGCCAAGCUUGGCAUGAAGAAAGUAAGACCUUGGAAGUGGACACCAUUCACUAACCCGGCACGCGUGGACGGUGCUGUCUUUCAUCACUGGCGACGCGUCGCCGACGCUGGGAAGGAAUAUCCCUUUGCCAAAUUCAAUAAGAAAGUUCCUAUCCCCACGUACACCAAUGCAGAGUACGUCCAGCAUUUAGUCAUCAAUGGCUGGACCCGCGUGGAAACGGAUCAUCUGUUUGACUUGUGCAGGAGAUUCGAUCUCAGAUUUAUCAUCAUCAAAGACAGGUGGGAUUGUGCCAAGUUCCCCAUCAGGUCUGUAGAAGAUUUAAAAGAGAGGUAUUAUCAGGUAUGCGCCGCGUUGACAAAGGCGAGAUCUCAUACCGAUAAAGUAUACACCUUCGAUGCCGAGCAUGAGAAGCGCAGGAAAGAGCAGCUCAAGAAGCUGUUCGAGCGUACUCCUGAACAAGUGGAGGAGGAGCAGACCCUGCUGGCCGAACUGCGCAAAAUUGAACAAAGGAAAAAGGAGAGGGACAGAAAAACGCAGGAUUUGCAGAAACUGAUAACAGCAGCCGAUCAUCAGGCAGAUCCCAGGAAGAGCGAGAGGAAAUCUUCCAAGAAGAGUAGCAGUUCCUCCAGGAACAGGCCAAAUAAAACUGAUACCUCUCAUGCAGUAGAGUCAGCCGGAAUCAAAUUUCCCGACUUCAAGAAUAGCGGUGUUACUCUGCGUUCACAACGAAUUAAAUUACCGAGCAGUCUUGGUCAGAAAAAAAUGAAAGGCAUUGAGCAAAUGCUGAACGAGUUGCGUUUAGAAUUAAAUCCACCACCAACGGAACAAAUAUGCCAGCAAUUUAACGAGCUGCGUAGCGACAUAGUUUUACAUUACGAACUGAGAAGCGCCUUAUCGACAUGCGACUACGAGCUGCAAUCCUUGAGGCAUCAGUAUGAAGCACUGGCACCGGGAAAGACAUUAACGAUACCGCCAGCGCUUCUGCCAAAAACAGAACCGGAAGUCAAAGCGGAUAUCAUCGACGUGGUAGGCUCGCCCAGUAUGCCUAACAUUACUCAUUAACUGAUAAAUAAAUAUUCAUGAUUCAUGAAUAUGCAUGUUCUGUUGUAAUGUAUCAUAUAAUGAAUCAAUGAACGUUUAUUAUUUUGUAUCGUAUAAAUAAAAAAUUAUUUAUAAUGCAA